CCCUUGAGUACCUAACUUCUUAGUUCCGACUACUGUUUACGCGUACUUCAAGAGACCACUUCUCAUCGAUCUUUCCUCCAGUCCUCAUUAGAAAGUCAAUUUCCACUCACUCCCACCACAACAAUGGCUACCGAACUACAAAAGAACCUCAUCCAGCCUGGAAACAAUACCGACUAUCCCAGGCCAGGCGACAAGGUCACCAUCGAGUACACCGGCUGGCUACAUGAUCCUUCCAAGGCCGACAAUGGCUACAAGGGCAAACAAUUCGACAGCUCUGUUGGCCGUGGCGACUUUCAGACUGCCAUCGGUGUAGGCCAGGUGAUUGCAGGCUGGGAUCAAGGCGUUACGCAGAUGUCGUUGGGCGAAAAGAGUACUCUGAUCAUUCCAGGACGCAUGGCAUACGGCGACGGCGGAUAUCCUGGCUUGAUUCCACCAAAUGCUACACUCAUCUUCGAUGUCCAUCUCAAGGGUAUUAACGGCAAGAAGAUCUGAUUGGGGUUGUCAACAAAAACUUUGAUCAUUGUGUCGGAACAUCCUACAUAGAUCACGCCAUGAGGUUGCCCUUGGUAGCCCUGAAAUGCUCCUCUCUCUCAGACCAUUGAAGCGGUCACAAUCAUGUCAGUCGGAGACGGCUGAUUUUGAAUAAACGGACACGAGAAACACACUAAAUCUCAACGGGAUAAUUCCAUAGGGAUCGAAUUCAGGACCAUCCCAGGUCGCUAUGCCGAUGUGAAUUCUUGUCUGCGCUUUUGUUGAUUCUUAAAGAGGCAAGUUUAGCCGAAAUGGAAAGGCAUCGACCUCAAGUUGAUAGCAAAUCUGCCAUGCCUGCGCUGAACCACGACCCCGAGUACGCAUGAGAUGAAU